CUCCCAUUUCCACAAACCCCCCCCCCCCCCCCAACUCGACAACUAAACGACACAGACAUCUCGAAAAUGAGUCAGUAAUUCCGCAGCAGGAGCACACCCCCCCAUUUCGAAUAUCCCAAAGUUACAGCCGCUAGAAUGGACGACAUGCCGGGCAUGUCGCCGCCUCCGUCUCCACUGGAGUCCCUGGUUUCGUCCCCUCUGUCUAUGCGAUCCAGGUCACCAACGCCACCAUACGAAUACCCGUCUCCCAGGUCUUCUCAGCCGUCGGGGAGUAGGUCGUCUUCUACAGCACCAGACAUGCAAGACGAGGCUGAGGGCCCGCCGCCAGCAAAGAAGCGCAAGCUAGCUCAACCCAAGGAACGGACGACGGAGUACUUAGAUCUGCACAUCCUCGACGAGAGCACCGAUCCGGAGAAGUUGGCCAAUGAUGACAUGCAGCUUCAGCGUCUUCUCAAAGUCCUACGGACGAAGCGGAAGAUUGUUGUAAUUGCAGGAGCUGGAAUUUCCGUUUCGGCAGGCAUUCCCGACUUUCGCUCUUCAACUGGACUCUUCACCACCCUUCGCAGCAAGUAUGAUUUAAAGUCUUCUGGAAAAGACCUCUUUGAUGCGGCCGUAUACAAGAGCGACUCAUCAACAGCCUCCUUUCAUGACAUGGUUCGCGAAAUGUCGCACAUAACUCGGCAAGCAAACCCAACAAUGUUCCACCAUAUGAUCGCGACCAUUGCCGAAGAGGGCCGUCUAAUGCGCCUCUACACGCAAAACGUGGAUGGGAUCGAUACAUCCCUACAGCCGCUCCGGACAAAUAUCCCGCUCAAUUCAAGGGGUCCGUGGCCAAAAACUAUCCAGCUUCACGGCGGAUUGGAGAAGAUGGUCUGCACCAAGUGCAGAGCGCUAUCUGACUUCGACGGCUCCCUUUUCGAGGGUUCGGAGCCACCGUCUUGUAAAGCAUGUGAGGAAUUAGAUGAGAUCAGAACCACCCUAGCCGGAAAGAGGAGCCACGGCAUCGGCCGCCUCAGGCCCAGAAUCGUACUCUACAACGAAUACAACCCCGACGAAGAAGCCAUCGGCGCCGUCACAACAGCCGAUCUCAAGAGCCGCCCCGACGCCGUCAUCGUCGUCGGCACGAGCCUGAAAGUCCCAGGCGUAAAACGCAUCGCACGUGAGAUGUGCCAAGUCGCGCGCGGCCGCAAAGACGGCUUCACAGCCUGGAUCAACCACGGGCCCGAGCCAGUCGGUCUGGAGUUCAAGGACUGCUGGGACCUGGUGAUUCGCGGGGACUGCGAUGAGGUUGCGCGCCAUGCUGCGAUUCCAAAAUGGGAUGACAAGGAUGUUGGGCCGUAUACUGUUCUUCCUCCGCGAGAGACUCCGAAGUCCCCGAUGAAGGUUGAGCUGGGUAGUGCGGCUAUACAUAAGGCUGUUGAGAAGACGCAGGGUAUGGUGACACCUACUGCCAGCCCGCGAACCCGCAGCCCCGCUCCGUCGAAGGACUUGAAGAAGAUGAAGCAACGUAAGCUCUUCUCCUCUGGAACCGCUACUAAGCCCAUCACCAAACCCGCCGCCGCAGCAGCGAAUAAAAAGAAACCCGUGGCCAAGAAACCCGCCGCCGCAGCGAAGAACGCCAAGAUCACUAAGGCAUUCACAGCCACCAAGUCCUCCAAGGCUACCUCGGGAAAGGCCAUCAAGCACGAGCCCAUCGCGCCCAUGUUCCCGAACCUUAGCAAGGCGGCCCCGUCAUCACCUAUGCUACCGCUGUCGUUAGUGGAGGUGAGGAAUAAUGCCGAGACAACGCCGGUGAAGCGCGAGUACGGGGUUGGGGGUGGAGGCAAGGCGGAGCCAGCGGAGCCGGAUUCGCCGAGUGCGCAGUUGAGGAGGGAGGGGGGGAGGGGGACGGUGUCGCCGGGGGGGGUGCCGAGGGGGAUGGGGCAUUUGAUUGAGACUUGAGCAGCGUGGGUGGCUUUGUAAUCCCAUGGUUGAUCUCUUUGGUGCUGUGGUUGGAUUCGGGGUGCUGGGGAUUGUUUAGGGGGAGGUUAUACCAUACCACCACCCAUCCCAUAUGUGCGUUUUUGGCGUCAGGGGAAAGGCAAGACAGCACGCGGUGUCGUGCUGGGGUGUCAUACCAUCCGUGUCGUCAUUUAUUUUGUUCUUUCGGUGCGGUUAUUCUCGCCCAUCGGGAGCAUUGCAUUGCAUUGCGUGCGUGGAUGAUGUUGGCUAGGGGUCACAUACAGAUAAGAUAGUAGUGAUAGAGGGAUAGUAGUGAUAGGUGUGCUAGUGGCUUUUUUUUAGAAUAGGGUUAUAUCUCUGGAUGUCGCUCUGGCUGUGGGCUGGGUAUAAAUGGAUGGGUAAUUGUAUUUGUUUUACU